CAACACCCUUGUAUUAACUUGCCGUAACAUUAAAGUCCCGCUCUUUUUUGUGUCUGAAAGCCCAAGAAUAUUUGGCUUGCUGCGUUUCCCCUCUCUCGAUCUAUUGCUUGUAGAUGCAAUGCAAGAGCAAGCAACGAGUUCCAUUGCGGCGAGUUCUCUGCCUUCGAGCAGCGAAAGAUCUUCGAGCUCUGCUCUUCAGCCUGAAGUCAAAGAAGGUUUGGAGAGUGAUGAAGAGAUCAGGAGGGUACCAGAGAUAGGUGGUGAGUCUGCUGGAACCUCAGCCUCGGGGCGGGACACGGGUUCGGUGGCCGGCCCAGACCGGGCUCAAGUCAACGGGGAAGGUCAGAGGAAGAGAGGCAGAAGUCCAGCUGAUAAAGAAAGCAGGCGGCUGAAGAGGUUACUGAGGAACAGAGUUUCAGCACAGCAAGCAAGGGAAAGGAAGAAAGCAUACUUGACUGAACUGGAAACGAGGGUGAAAGAGUUAGAGGAGAAGAACUCUGAGCUCGAAGAGAGGUUGUCCACCUUGCAGAAUGAGAAUCAGAUGCUCAGACAGAUAUUGAAAAACACAACAGCAAGCAAGAAAGGAGGAAGUAGUGGUGCUAAUGGCAAUGAUGGGUCUUUGUGAGACAAAAAAAAGGAAGAGCAGGGUUGGUAAGAGUGUAGAGAGGAUGCAAGUGUAUUUAAUACUAUUAGGUACAUUAUGAAGUAUCAGAAACUGAGAGCAUCUCGACAUGCUUAAUUCUAGGUUAGUGUUUUCCUAGGGAUUUUUUCCCACUUUUCUCAUAUCCGUAUGCCAUGUAAUGCUAGCCUGGCUAAUAGCUAUGCCAUCAAACAAUGAUGGCGGCGACAGUGACUAUGGUUGUAGUGCCAAUGGCAGAAGUGGCGGUGACUGGUGGAGUGGAAAGUGCAAUAGGGGCGUGUGUGUUAGGUGGGUGAACAGUUUACUUAAGUAAGCUUCUUUGGAGAAUCUCCAUUUGUAUAUCCUCAUCUUCAGAAUAUAUUUGGCAUGCAUAUGUCAAUUUUAGCUGGUGGUUACUUGUU